GCAUACGAGUGUCUCUGUCAACAAGAUAGAAACCGUUGUUAGUGUUGUCUCCAGCCAAACUUGCCGUAGCGCAAAUGAGCUAGUCCGUCAUCACUCGGUGGAUCAAGGGCCGGUCUCGGCCCUCACCACCAUGCCCAGCAGAGCGACGCCGAAGGCCCCAUGCCGACGUUUAUCAGACAUUAGAAACCACACACGCAUCAGCAGCGUCGGCAGCAGAACUAGCUGUAGCAAAGGCGGCUUCGUCCGCGUUAUAGAGUGUUUAGAAAUCGAGCAUCAGCUCACCAGCCGUUGAGAAACCCCGCAUGGCCUCUACAGGCCAGGGCGCACCUCCCGGGCCUUCUGGCGGACAGUCAAGGCCUGCGCCACGAAAGCCCACACCGGACGGCGUGGGGGGGGCAGGAACGGCGCGGAAACAGAGCGGUGGCGGAGGUAGCGGAGGCGGCGGAGGCGGUAGUGCAGGGGGCGACCCUAGCCGACCUAUCAGCCGACAGCAUUCCGCUAGGUCGACAGUCUCUAGUGAGGAAUCGGAGGGCGGAGAAGGCUCCACGGUUAGAUCAACGGUUGCCAGUGCCGGGGACGGUGGCGGUGCGGCAGGGGUUAAGGCAGACAGUGCUGCCGAGCCGCCUACUCCUAGCGGGAGUAGCAAAGGCGGAGGGGAUAGUAAGAAGCCUAAGACUUUCACGAGGCUCCUGUCUAAAAAGGGUGGCACUUCAAGCGGCACCGCUACGAGCACAGGCGGUAGCAGCAGCGGCCGCCAUAAAAGCGGAUCAGGAAUCCCCCAUGCGGUCCCCCAUGGAGCACCACACCCACCAGCGCCAGCGACAGCGGCGGCGGCGGCAUCGGCGGACGCGGCGGCGGCGGGGGGUUACAGCAGCGACGCGUCAGUAGCCAGCAAGUCCUCCGGGAGAUCCGCGGGGGUUAAGAGAUCGGCGGCUGUGAGCAUGGUGCGGCGAUCGACGGGCGUGAUGCUGGUGAUGGAUCCGUGGACGGCCAAGAUCUUGCACGUGAGCGAGGGGGGGAUCACGGCGCUCGGGCACAGCAAGGCGGAGUUAAGGGAGCGGACGAUCUGCGACCUGGCGGAUGGGCUCACGCUGGUGGAGUGGUCCAAGGCCAUUGGGGGACUCGCCAGCCAGGAGGCGAGGAGAGUGGUGCUUAGGUUCCGUCUGUGCAAGUCGUCGGACCGUAAGGCCCCUCUGCUAGGCCAGAAGGUCGAUCUGGAGCUGCAGCUGCACGGCGCAGGCGAGAAUAAGGACCUAGUGGGCACUAUGACGCUAGCCAACCCGGAACUCACGGCCUCUAGGCACGCUGGUAGCGCUAGUGGCAGUAGCAGUAGCAGUUCCUCUCACCACCAUCACCACAAGGAGAAGGGGGCUUCUGGUGGUGGUGCUGCAGGGAAGGACGGCUCGGCUUCUGCUGCCCCUGCUGCUGCUGGUGUUUCAGGUGCGGCUGGGGGGAAGGAGGGAGCAGCGAAAGGGGCGACGACUGCCUCUGGAGCUACUACUGCUGCUGGUGGGGCAAGCUCAGCAGCCAAGCCCAGACGACCUGGGGGUGAUAGUAAGCCUGGCAGCGGCAGUGUCAGCAGGAGCGGGAGCGUCGGUGGUGGUGGUGGUGCUGCUCCUUCGGCAUCUCAGGCGCCACCGUCCCAGCAAAGGAGAGAGAGAGGGACGGGGAAGGAGAGGCCCGAGGGAGCAGGGAGCACGGCAGCCGAUAGUAGUGGCGGCAGUGGGGCUAGCAGCAGCAGUGCCGCCGCCGCCGCAGCAGCAGCAGCAGCACCAGCGACGGCGGCAGAGGCGGCUUCAAGAACAGGGGAAAGCAAAGAGAAGGAGAAGGAAGCCGCGAGGGGGAGCAGAGACAAGGAACGGGAGAGGCGCGCGAGGGAGAAGGACGACAAGGGGAAAGGCGCGGGGAGUAGGGACAAGGAACGAAAGGUGAGGGAGGGUGAGGGGAAGGCGGAGGAGGGAGGGGACAGUACUGCGUCGGAAAGCAGGGAAGGCGAGGCAGCGAGCAGCAGACGCUCUAGCAGCGGGGUGGCAGGAGGAGUAGCAGCAAGUCCGAGAGGGGGAGGGGUAGCAGCAGCAGCAGCAGCAGCAGGGAGCGGGGUUGCAAGUGGGAUUAAGAAGGUAGCACCAGUGCGGAUACCGUCUGUGGAAAGUAGCAAGGGGAGUGAGGUGGGCACGCCUACCAAGCGGCGCAGCAGCAGCAGCAGCAAGAGAACAGCAGAGCUCAGUGCUGAAGGUGCGGUUAGCAGCCCCAGAACCCCCUCUGGCUCCCGCUCCCGGUUCUCCUCUUCUUCCUCCGUCCCUGCUGCUGCUGCUGCUGCGGCUGGUGCUGGUGCUGGUGCUGGGACAAAGGAAGGAGGCGCAGCGGCCGAAGGGGGCGCGGGGGUGAAGAGGCCGGGAAGACUGGCGAAUGCAGGAGGAGCGGGGGUGCGGGGAGAGGAGAGAGCGGAGAGCAGCGUUGGUGCCGGGAUGGGCAUGGGCAUGGAAGGGUAUGAGGGGGAGGAUGGCAUGAUGCAUGAUGUGGGGAUGGGUGUUGGAGCCAUGGGCGCGGAUGAUGAUGAGGAUGACGACGACGACGAUGAUUACGAUGAUUCCACCAUCAUGGCUAAGCCACUUAACACGAUGGAUGGAGGCGGGGGUAUGAUGGGAGGAGCUGGUGGAGGGCCUAUGGGUCCGGGGGGGCAUAUGGGCAUGGGGCCCCAUGGGUACAUGGGCAUGGGGAUGGGCGGAGGCAUGGGGGGAGGUAUGGGGGGAGGCAUGGGUAUGGGCAUGGGUAUGGGUAUGGAUGGAAUGGGGAUGGGAAUGGGCAUGGACGCUAUGAAUAUGGGGAUGGGUAUGGAUGGCAUGGGCAUGGGCAUGGGCAUGGGCAUGGGCGGAAUGGGCGGAAUGGGCAUGGGUAUGAACCCAGGGAUGAUGGGUAUGGGGCCAGGAGGCAUGAACAUGAUGGGGGGUGGUAUGGGCAUGGGUGGAGGGGGGAUGGGCAUGGGGGUAGGCUUGGUGCCGGGAGGAGUGGGGCCAGCAGGAAUGGUAGCAGGUAUGGUGGCCGGGAUGCCUCUUUCCGGGCCUGCUGGCUUGGCUCGGCAACAACAACAACAGCAGCAGCAGCGGAGGGGGAACUAUCGAGAGGAGCAAAUGAGCCAUGAUAGCAUAGUCCUAGCCCCUCCAUUACAAUCUCCCUCCGUUGGAAUGGGGAUGGGGAUGGGGAUGGGGAUGGGUAUGGGUGGCAUGGGUAUGGGGCAGAUGAUGGGGGGUGAGGAGGAGGAGCACGUGGAUGACGAGGACUUGUAUGGUGGCGGUGGGGGAAGGGAGGAAGAGGAGGAGGAGGAUGAGGAGGAUGGGGGGAUAGACCUGUACAGCCCGGCUUCGCGUGCGUCGCGUGCGUCUCGUAGCGGUGGAGGGGCGGGCGCAAGGAGGAAGGGCGAUGAUGCUGCUGCCAUGGCUGCCAUGUCGGAAUCCGUUCUGGCCCUCAACAGAACGCUGAUGGAUGCGGCGGGGCUGGGCACGGUGACUCUGCUGGCGGGCACGCGCACCGUGGCGGUGAGCAACGAUGGCAUGGCGGCCAUGCUGGGCCGCGCCAGGGCGGACGUGGACGGGCACCGCUUUGCAGACCUCGUGGUUGAAGCAGACAGGCCCAAGUUCGAGGAGUGGUUGGACCGGGUGUGCAAGAAGGCCGAGGACGACCCAUCCUCUGCCUCUGCUGCUGCUGCCGCUGCUGAGGCAGGAAAUGCAGGCACGGUCUCUGACGGACAAGUAGACAAGGAAGUGGAAUUGCUAGGUGCCGCUGCUGCCCCUGCUGCUUCUGACGCUGGUGGUGGUGCUGAUGGUGGUGGUAGUAGGGAUGGUGACGCGGUGCUGGCAGGAGAAGGAGCCAAAACAGUAGCGGACGGAGCUGCAGGGGCAGAGACAGCAGCAGCAGCAGCAGGGGGGACAGAAAAGGAGGGAGCAAGUUCAGGAACAGAGCCAGCAGCAGCAGCAGCUGCCGCCGCCGCUGCCGUAGUAGCGGUUGGAGUAGGGCAGGGGAAGGAUUGCCUGGAGGUGCGGAUGCAGCACAAGUCAGGGGGGUCCGUGCGGGUGCGCAUGACUGCGGCUCUACCACCCACCGUGACUCCAGACGCACUGGGAAGUGGGAACCAAGUCGGCAAUGGAGAGAAGCCCCAUAGCGGUGGUGCCGCUGGUGCCAAUGCCGCCAGUGCCGCUGGUGGUGCUGUCGGUGUGUCUGCUGCAGGCAAGGGAACGGGUAAUGGUGCAGGGAGCAUGCCAGAAGUGGUGGCGCUGCUGGUGCAUGACAUCACGGGGUGCUGCGGGCACGGCGCAGAGAUGAGGGAGGCCAAGCAGGCCUUGCAGGCGGCGGCUGUGGAAGGCAACAAGGAGUUUGCUCGUUUGGUGUGCCGGGAGGUCGGCACUGCCAUCAACGGCGUGGUGGGCAUAGCGGAUCUGCUGCUGGACACGGACCUGGCGGGCGAGCAGCGCAUAUUCCUGGAGCUCAUCCUUGCGUGCUCCUCCAACCUGCACGCCGUGCUCUCCUCGCUGCUGCUCGCCGCCAACACCCACCCGCCGCUCCCCGCCGCGGGCGGGCUGUCGCUGCACUCGCUGCACCUCGCCACCCAGGACGUGGACCUGCACCGCCAGGUGCGGGAGUGUGUGCGGCUGGUGGACGUGGUGGCGAAGGAGAAGGGUCUGGCGCUGAUGUGCGGGAUAGACUCGGCAGUGCCGCGCAUGGUGCUCACGGACGCCGUGCGCCUGAGACAAGUGCUCAUGAACCUGCUCUUCAACGCCCUGCACAACACCACCCGGGGCGACAUCACAGUGAGUCUGCGUCUGGCGUCGCGGUACGAGCGGGAACAAGUGCAGGAGCGGCGGCGCGAGCACAAGGCGCAGCACCGCAAGCUCCUUGGCGCCGCUGCUGCCUCCGCUGCUGCUGCCGCCUCUGCUGGGUCGGACGACGAGGACGAGGGGGGGGACAGUGCCGGCACGCUGCUGCUGCGCUUUGAAGUGCGCGACUCGGGGUCCGGCAUGCCGCCUGCCAUCAGAGACGAGCUCACCGCCAUGUUCGCCUCUACCCUUCCCGCGGAGUCAGUCAACGGUGUGCGGGGCACGGGCCUUGUACUCGUUAAGAACCUCCUUGACAUGUUCGGGGGCUUCCUGCGCCUGGACAGCGACGAGCACCGGGGGUCGUCGUUUGUCUUCUUUGUGCGCGUGGCCAUCCCCGAGGUCAUGGUCACGCCCGCUGAGCUCAGCCCGCACCAGCCCCCGGACAUGGCGCUAUGGCGACGGGUGCCCGACAUUCGCGUGCUGCUCGUGGAUGAGGACAAGAUGAGUGAGAUGAUAGCGUCCAGUGUGUUCCGGCACCUGGGCCUGCCCAUGGACACGGCUCACACUGCCAUGGACGCCGCUUCCCUCUGCCACAAGUACAAAUACGACCUCAUCCUCAUUGACUGCAACCUAUCCGGGGUGGACGGCUUUGACACGGCGCGGCUGCUGCGGGCGCAGGAGAAGGAGGGCGUGGGGCGGGUGGGCGUGUACGAGCGCAGCUGCAUGGUGGCGCUGACGCCCGGGGUGAGCACGAGCAGCGAGGAGGAGCAGCGGUGCACGCGCGCCGGCAUGAACUACUUCAUCCCCAAGCCCCUGCGCCUCAGGGACCUGCAGAUGGUCGUCAGGCAUCGCCUCAACGUGCUGGAUACGGGCUCCAGGUCCUUCUCGGGGCCCUGCACGCUCAUCCAGUACUGCUCCGUGGACGACACGGAAGGCGAGGACGAGGAGGGGGACGACACGCACGAGUCAGAGGACGACCAUCGCAAGCAUCACCACCGCCGGCGCAGCCGCGGGGGCUCAAGCCACACUGAGGACGACGAGGACGAGGCAGGGAGCGACCUCCUUGGCGACAGCACCACGCCCUCUCUCACCCCAGAGGCCACCACCCCCGUGUCAGCGGCCCUUGCCGCUGCUAUGGACCUGCUGCCCCCUGCUGAAGCCCAUGCAAGGGUGGUGGCUGCUGUCGCUGCUUCGUCCUCCAACUUCUCCGGCCUUCCUCCCAAUCCCCUUCGGUCCUCUGGGAGCCUCCGCACCACAGGCAGCCUGAGGCAGCAGCCGGGAUCUAGAGACAUGCGCUCUGUGUUGGGUAGAGGGAAGGAGGGCGGGUCCGGGAUGCUCCGGCGAGGGAGGGAAGGCGGAUCGGGCUCUCUUGCGUUUGCUGCAGCCAGGGGUGGUGGUGCUGGGUCUGGAGGCUCUGGUUCUUCUCCUAGAGGCUCUGGCAUGGGGGGGGACGGCGGAGGUAGAGGAGGCGGAGGAGGUUUAGUCGGCACGGGGAGUGGUCGCAGGGAGGAUAUUUACAGCCUGAUUAUGGCGCAGAAAGCAACGCAGGAGGAGGAGAAGCUUCAGCACCGAGGGUCGGGGCUGCAGAGGGGGGGCAGUGGCAGCAGGAGCCACAGUGGGGGGAGCGGGAGCGUGGGUCGCAGCGGCAGUGGGAUGAGGUCGAGGGGUAGCAGGCUGGGUAGAGGGGGGGAUAGCCGCAGCAGCAGGGACAACAGGGGGAGCAGGGGCGGACGGAGAAGUAUAAGCGGGAGUAGAUCCCGCAGCCACAGCCGCAGCCGCAGCAGCGGGAGGAGUAGUAGGAGCAGGAGCAGUAGGAGCAGGAGCGGGAGUAGGAGUGGCAGCGAUAGGAGGAGGCGACGGCGAGGGGGGAGACGAGGAGGGAAGGGCGGGCGUGGGAGUGGAAGUGGAAGUGGGGAUGAUGACGACGAUGAUGAUCAUGAGUCUGUGGUGGAAGUCUCGGAUCCCAAGAGACUGAGUGGGAGACGAUCGGAUAUCCAUGAAUUUAUGGAGGAUGUUGGGAGGGUGAGGAAGGCGGGGGGUGGUAGCGACGAUGACAGGAGCAAUGAGGGCAAGGAUGAUGGGGAGAAAGACUUGGACAUGAGUGGGCUGAGGAAGCUGGGGAAGAGAGAGAGCGGCGCGCAGUGGAAGGACGGCAGGGAGGGGAGCAAGAGCCUGGGAAAGAUGAAGGUGGAUAUGAAGGAGGAGGAGGAGGAAACGGAGGGUGCAGUGACAGGUGGGGAGGAGGAGGAGGAUGGUAUCAAAGAUGAGGCGCGGGAGGCGGGCAAGGGGCAUGUGAAGCAGAAGUCGUCAAUGACUGGGCUGACCAUGGACCAGAUCUGGGCGCGAAUGAUGAACAAGCCAGUGGGCAUUGCGGAGGGGGAACGGGGGGAUGAGGAGGAGGAUGAGAGGGGGAGCUUAUCUGGGUCUGAUAGGAGCAGGAGGGGCAGAGGCAGGAGGAGCGGCAGGGGGAGUGGUAGGGAUGGGGAUAGUGACAGGAGCAGGGGGGAUAGCAGGGAGGACAGCAGGGAGCGGCGGAGAGGGAGAGAUAGGAGUAGGGAUAGGGAUUGGGACAGAGACCGGGAUUGGGAUAGUGAUAGGGAUAGCGAUAGGGAGAGGGAUAGGGGGUGGAAUAGGGGCAGGGGUGGAGACAGGGAUAGGGAUAGGGAUAGGGACAGCGAUUGGGAUAGUGACAGGGAAGGGAGGGGAAGAGAUAGUGAUUCGGAUAGUGAAAAGGGGGGGAGAAGGAAGAGGAGAGGAGGGAGGAAGGGGUCAGGAGGGGGGAGUGGAAGCGAGAAGGAUGGUGACGACGAGGACCUUUCUGAAGGGGAGAGGAAGAGGAGAGAGGGGGGGAGGAGAAGGGACGGCAGGAGGAGAAGCAGGAGCAGGAGCUCUGGCGGAAGCUCUAGGAGCGGGAGCAUGAGAGGGAGAGACGAUGGUGGGGAAGGGGUGGGGAAGGAGGAGAGGGAGAGGAGAGGCGGGUUGAAGAAGCAGGAUAGUGAGGGGAGCGAUGGGGAGCUGCUGCCAGGGCUGGCUGAAGCGGCAGCAGCAGCCAAGGCUGGCACGCUGGUGAGCACACCGAGCUUGGGGCGGCUGGUGCAUGAGAAGGAGGUAGAAUCGGCGAGGAACCUCAAGACGUUAGAUGAGGAUGAUGACGACGUUGAUGAUGAUAUGGGUGGAGGUGCAGGAGAGGGUGGCAAGGAGGGCGGGGACACUGGUUUGCCAGCAACAGUGUCGUCUACAACCUCUCCUCUCACCCCCGCUGCUGCUGCUGCCCCUGCUGCGGGUGCUCCUGCUGGUGGUUCACCUGACAGCAGCGGUUCUGCUGCUGCUGCCACACAAACAUCCGUGCCAUCUGCCCCCAGGGACGGGGAUAGUGCAGGUGCUAGCUCCACUGGUGUCUCCUCAGACCCAGCUGCGGAGACGGGAGGAGGCACUCCAAUUGCGGCCACUGCUGCUGCAGAUGAAAGAGAUGGUGACGAUGACGAUGGGGAGAGUGACAUCGAGGUGGAGGAGGCUGGCGACGGUGAGAGUCCCACGUUGGGCCGCACGUUCACAGUGAAGGCCUCGGGGGACCGCAUUCGGCAGCUGCUGCGUAGCAAGACCACGGACCGAGUGGCCGGGAAGAAGAGCCAGCACCAGGGGGAGGAGGGAGACCCGCCUCUCUUCCGAAGCAAGACGGCAGUGACGUCCGUGCCAGAGCACCUGCAGGGGAGCCAGGGGCUGCUGGGCCGGCCUGGCAGCAUGGGCGGCAGCAGCAGGCUGGGGAUGGGUGCAGCCCAGUUUGGAGUGGCGACUGGCCUUGGGGAGCGGUUUGAUGUGGCAUCAGCUGCUGCGGCGGCGGUUGCAGCUGUGCCGGAUGGGUCUCCAGCACUGCUUGCCGCUGGCUCUGCUCUUGGAGGAGGAGGGCAGUUGAGCCCUGCAGCAGAAGAGGCAGCAGAUGGAGCAGGAGGGGGGGAAGCAGGAGCAGCAGCGUUGGAGGGAGGUGAGCUGUCAGAGGAUGAGGGUGCGGCGUGGGAGCAGGAGCUGAGGGAGGGGAGGGGUGGGUCGGGGCGGCGAAUGGAGGAGGAGUUGCCCCUGGGGUGGGGCAUGAAGGACCGGCUUGGAGGCCCCAGGGAGGGGGAUGAGGGGCUAGAUGGGGAGGAUGAGGAUGAGGAGGAGGAGGAGGAGGAAGAGGAGGAGGAGGAGAUGGACAUUGAGGAGGAGAUAGCGCUGGCACGGGUUGCGGCGUCGGAGAGCUUGAACAGGAGAAUGGCAGCGCAGUUUCAAGGGGAGUUAGGGCACGGCGGGGGAGGCGGUGCCGGCAUGGGGUGAAUGGAUAAGGACUCUUAGAAUGCCGCAGCAACGAGGUGCGGUGUGGUGCACCUAUGGGGUUGGGUGCUUUUGCUAGAGUUCUCAGAAUGCGUCUGCAACAGAGGUGGUGGUGUGGGUAUGGGAUGGUGGUGGAGUUGGGUGACUGGGGAUUGGAGAUGGGUGUGGAGCGGUGGCAGGAGUUGUGAAUGUGUGCAUCUUGAUUUGAAGACUUGUUUUCACAGAUGUGGCAACAGAGCCACAUGUACUAGGCAGCGCAGCAUGGCACAUCCCAUUGUGCCUCAUCCUCCUCUCUUCCGGCUGCUGCGGCUGUGGCUACUGCUGGAGCUGCUGCUACUGCUGUCUAUCCUCUCGUUGUUGGCUCCCGGUAUCUGUUGUUCGUCUGCGUGUCACCCUGUUUCUCUCCCUGUAGGUAUCACCGUAUCACACAGCAGAGCCACGCUGCAUGGAGCGAGCUGUCAGCAUGUUUGCUGCACAGACACUGCAGCAGCCUGCCUUGUUCUGUUUGGGAUAAAGUACUGGUCAUAGUUGUAGCCUCUGGCCAGGGGCCAGGCUAGUAUGUUGUGUAGUGAACUAAAAGGUUGACAACAAUGCUCUGUGUAGAUAGUAUAUGAGGCAACUCUGUAGUGU